UGACUUUAUCCAAAGGUCAGGUGUCUGUUUUGGAUGUGUAUGCAGAUUAGUGCAUAUUUAAUAAGAUAAUGCAACAUUUCAGUUCAUACAUAAAAAGUGUUUGCAAUUCUCAAUGCAUUCAAUCAACUGGUGAAGUACAGUUAUAUUUAUCACAUUUUAUUUAUUUUUUACGUAAAGAUCAUGUUCCAUGAAGAUAUUCCUAAAUAUAUCAAAAGGUCAUUUUUGCUUAACAUGCAUUGCCAUGACCUACAUUUUGACAACUUUAAAGACUUCUUUCUCAAUUUUAGUUAUUUUUUUGCACCUUCAGAUUCCACAUUCUCAGACAAAUCCCGUUCUGUCCUAGCAAACCAUAAAUCAGUGCAAACAGAAUUCAUCCCGCUUCUAGAAGUCGUGCCGGUGUCGUGCUCGGGGUCUCUGGCCGCGAGGCGCCGCUGUUUCUCCUCGUCUCCGGUAAAGCGCUUAAUCCGCGGGGGGUGUCCGGGAUUCCCGCACCUUCACGGAGCUCGCCCGCUCGGGACACACGGAGUCUCGCGCUCGGCUCGGAGUAACGGACAGAGCUUCUUCCCCGUCUGUCAAACAAGUCCCGCGGCGAGGCACGGGCGCGCAUCCGCCGAAGGACGGUGUUGUUGUCGUUACCGGGGAAAGGACGCGCUUGGAAACGGCGGCGGUCCGUGAAUGGAUGCAUCAUGUCUUCGUUUGUGUGCCGCGUUCAGUUUCUCGACGACACGGAUCCGUUCAACAGCACCAAUUUCCCUGAACCGACCCGAGCUCCGGUGUACUCGUUCAGAGAAGAUAUCCCCCUGAUCAACCAGCUCGCGGGGGUCCACAGGCUCCUCAAGGCUCCUCACAAGUUAGAUGACUGCGCUCUGCAGCUCUCACACACCGGUGUGUAUCUGGAUCUGGAGUCGACGCUGGAUGAGCAGAGAGAUGAGCUGGAGGGAUUUCAGCCGGACGACUGCGCAGGGAGGGGCAAGAAGCACAGUGUGAUUUUACGAACUCAGCUGAGCGUCCGAGUUCACGCGUGUAUCGAGAAGCUGUAUAACUGUAAUGGCCGUGAUCUGAGGAGGGCGCUGUUUUCCCUCAAGCAGAUAUUCCAGGACGAUAAGGACCUGGUUCAUGAGUUCGUUAUGGCUGAAGGUCUGACGUGUUUAAUUAAGGUCGGUGCUGAAGCGGAUCAGAACUACCAGAACUACAUCCUCAGAGCUCUGGGUCAGAUCAUGCUGUAUGUGGACGGGAUGAACGGGGUCAUAGGUCACACCGAGACCAUCCAGUGGCUCUACCUGCUCAUUGGCUCAAAGUUUCGUCUUGUGGUCAAGACAUCUCUGAAGCUGCUGCUGGUGUUUGUGGAGUAUUCAGAGUCCAACGCUCCGCUGCUCAUCCAGGCCAUCAACACCGUCGACUCUACGAGAGGCUGUAAGCAGUGGUCAAACGCCAUGGAGAUUUUAGCAGAAAAAGACGGUGUGGACACAGAGCUGCUGGUCUAUGUGAUGACUCUUAUUAAUAAGACGCUGGCGGCUCUGCCCGAUCAGGACUCGUUCUAUGAUCUGGUGGAUGUUCUGGAGGAGCAGGGCAUGGAGAGCGUGUGCGGGCGUUAUCUGGGCAGGAAGGGCACGGAUCUGGAUCUUCUGGAGCAGCUCGGCGUCUACGAGGCUGCUCUGGGACACGAGGACGGUGAUGAAGAUAGACGCCGCUCCAGUGUGGGCGGGACCGAGGGGCGGGGCUUAAAGAGGCGCCGUAGCCGCAGACAUUCAUUGGCCAAGCCAAGCCACGCCUCCCCACACCGCACAGGACAGGAGCCCAACGACAGAGAUCGUGUGAUGAAUGAAUGUCUCCCGGUGAUAGAGGAGGAUGAGGAGGAAGCUCCUGUCACUGAGUCGGAUGAUGAUGAUGAUGAUGAUGAUGAUGAUGAGGGGGAAAUGAACCCCUCUAGUCUCAGUAUGGUCAGCACAUCAGAGCUCAGCAGCAAACUCACACCUGAGGAGGCGGGGCCAAGGAAAACCCUGGAGGCCCCGCCCCCUCCCGACUCCGCCCAGCCGUCGCUCCUGGCCAAUCUGCUGGCUCAGCGCCGGUCGUCCGUCAGCGUUCCGCCGACCAAUGAGAUCAGCCCUCUGCUGCGAGGCUCCGCCCACCUGCCGUACCUCCCCCACUCGCCCUUCUUCCUGUUCUCCUACGAUCUGGAGGAGCAGGAGGAUCAGAAGAGCAGCAGGUCCUCCUCUGCUGUCAGUUCUCCACCCGCAGCAGCCAAACAACACAAUGAGCGGCCGGCUCUGGGAGGACUGCUGUCGUCGUCGUAUCGUCAGCAUCAGGAGUCUCUGGCGGCGGAGAGAGAGAGACGACGUCUGGAGCGAGAGGAACGCCUGCAGCGCAUCGAGAGAGAGGAGCGCAACCGACACAGUCGGGACUAUGUGUCCAACAUGGAGGAGGCCAGACACGCUCGAGAGGAGAGGUUUAAGACGGCCGAGCGGCUGGCGGACGAAGAGUUCGAGCGAGAGCGGACGCGUUCGGCGCCUCGAGGUCUCAGCCUCGCUCUGAGCCCGACGGACACCUGUCAGUCAUCCCGCAGUGCCACGCCCUCCUCUGUGACGUCACAGGACGACCAGGACACGCCCAUCACCUCGUACCCGCCCUCUGAACCAGACACCAAUGAUCUAGAACCAGACGCCGAGGCCAGUCUAGAACCAGAGGAGAAGGGCGUAGAACCCAGAGAGGAAGAGGAAGAGGAAGAGGAAGAGGAAGUGGAAGAGGAAGUGGAAGUGGAGGAGAUAAGCGCCGAACAGGAAGUGGGCGGAGCCGAGGAGAGGCCGGAAGAGGAAGGGUCUGAGCGGGAAGCGCCAGAUGGAGAAGCGGAGGACAGCGGGAUCUUGAGUGAUAAAGAACGACAGAAUGAAGAAGUGAACGAGAAGGAUAACUGCUCGGCCUCCAGUAUAUCCUCAGCCAGCAGCACACUAGAAAGGGAAGAUCGGCUCACUGCAGGCGGAGCGGAGACAGGUCAGUGGUCUGAGAGUGUCAGAGACGUGAAUGAACAACGAAACAAGAUCCUCGACAGCAAGCUCUUCAUGCUGGACAUGCUCUACUCGCACAGCAAGAAACCCUCGGAGGAAGACGAGGACGAAGACGAGCUGGCCGAGGACAAAGAGCGAGACGCAAAAGAGAAGGCUGAGGAUCUGUCGCAGGACGCCACGCCUCGGGAAGAAAACGAUGCUGGGGACGAAGACAAGAAAGUCACGAACCAGAGCAACGUGCGAGCAUUCGCCGAGCGCUUCGGAGACAUCGUGAAGGGCCUCACCUCUCCACCAAUAGAAACACAGGAACCUCCUCCUCCUCCUCCUCCUCCACCUCCGAAGAAGGAGUCGGACUGCAUCUGGGACCAGCUGAUGGCGAGUCCUCGGGAUCUGCGCAUCGGCGAUAUCGACUUUACCGAUCUGGGAGACGAGGAUGACCAGGACGUCCUGGACUCUGGGAGUUUAUACAGCUCUGGCGAUCUGCUGGCUCCGCCCCCUCCACCACCACCCUGUCCCUUCAACCUCCCGCCCCCGCCCCAUGUUCGGUUGUCCUCCGCCCCUCCCAUAUUCAGCAUCCGCGUGCCUCCGCCCCCUCCCUGCUUCUCCAGCCAGGCUCCGCCCCCUCCUCAGCAGCAGGCGGAGCAAGCGCCGCUCUUCCAGAAGAGGAAGAAGACCAUCCGCUUGUUCUGGAGUGAAGUCCGGCCCGCCGACUGGAUCUACCGCAACCACAAACGCAGCCAAGAGUCGCUCUGGUCCAGACUUGAACCUGUCAAACUUGACACGGCUAAACUUGAACACCUGUUUGAGAGCAAAUCCAAGGAGAUGCCCGUGACUAAGAAAACGGCAGCAGAUGGGAAGCGGCAGGAGAUUAUCAUUCUGGACUCCAAGCGCAGCAACUCCAUCAACAUCGGCCUGACGGUUCUCCCCCCGCCGCGUACUAUUAAGACCGCCAUACUGAACUUUGACGAGUAUGCGCUCAACAAAGAGGGCAUUGAGAAAAUCCUGACGAUGAUUCCCACUGAGGAAGAGACGCAGAAGAUCCAGGAAGCUCAGCUGGCGAAUCCCGACAUUCCGCUGGGGAGCGCAGAGCAGUUCCUGCUGACUCUGUCCGCCAUCAGUGAGCUCUCGGCGCGUCUGCAGCUCUGGGCUUUCAAACUCGACUAUGAAGCCACCGAGAAGGAAGUGGCCGAGCCGCUACAGGACCUGAAGGAGGGCAUGGAUCAGCUGGAGAAGAACAGAACGCUUCGCUUCAUCUUAUCUACUCUGCUGGAGAUCGGGAACUUCCUAAAUGGCUCCAGCGCCAAAGGCUUCGAUCUGACAUAUCUGGAGAAGGUUCCUGAGGUGAAGGACACGGUUCAUAAGCAGUCGCUCCUGCAUCACGUCUGCAGCAUCGUGGUGGAGAACUUCCCCGACGGCACAGACCUGUACUCAGAGAUCGGCGCCGUCACACGAUCCGCUAAAGUGGACUUCGACCAGCUGCAGGAGACGCUGACUCAGAUGGAGCGGCGUUGCAAAGCAUCAUGGGACCACCUAAAAGUCAUCGCAAAGCACGAGAUGAAGCCAGCACUGAAGCAGAAGAUGUCAGACUUCCUGAAGGACUGCGCAGAGAGAAUCAUCAUCCUCAAAACUGUCCACCGCAGGAUCAUGAACAGGUUUCACUCGUUUCUGCUGUUUCUGGGUCACCCGGCGUACAGCAUUCGUGAGAUCAGCGUGACUCGCUUCAGUAAACUCAUCAGUGAGUUCGCUCUGGAGUAUCGUACCACUCGUGAGCGCGUCCUCCAGCAGAAACAGAAGCGUGCCGAUCACCGAGAGAGAAACAAGACCCGAGGAAAGAUGAUCACAGACCUCAACACACAGACGGAUGAUGAAGAGGACAGCGAGGCGGGUCGUGUGUGUGUGAGCAGCAGCAGCGUUCCUCCCGCCGGGCCGCAGGCGGAGCCUCAGAGUCUGUGUCACGCUGAAGACGCCGCCGAACACGAGCAGAUGAAGGCCGUGCUGAAGAGCAGCCUGCAGAGAGCAGACAGCGACAGCACCGGAGCUACGGGCCUCAGGAUGCGCACACGCACACGCGCCAGCAGAGGCCGCACCGCAUGGGCCGCAGCCAACGAGGAGUCUCAGUGCGCGACGGACGACGCUGCAGACGAGAUCAUGGAGAGAAUCGUACGAUCAGCCACUCAGAGUCCCAGAGAACGAGCGCAACCCCGCGAACGCCGCCGCUCUCGAGCCAACCGCAAGUCACUGAGGAGGACUCUGAAGGGCGGCCUGACGGCUGAAGAAGCUCAAGCGCUGGGAUUGGACACGUCAGAGAUGCCGGUCUAAGAAGACGUCCCUUCAGCAGAACUUAUCUCAAGACGCCGCCGAAAAAACGGCUGCAGAAUCAUAUAUACAGCUAAGCUCCGCCUCCACACUGUGUUUGAUGUUAAGCCACGCCCCCUCGCCAGCCAACCGCAGGCCGUCACUGUGAUCGUGUAAAAUCCCUUUAACCGUUUAGUUCAAUGAAAGGUAAGAAUAAGAUGUUUUACCCCGACUGAACACUAACUCAGGGUUUGACCGUCGUUUCGUUCUGUUUAUAACUUUAAUAAUGGAGCGGUGCAAUGUGGCUUGAAAUGUCCGGUCACUUCAUUCACUUUAUGUUUGCGUCGGUCAGAUCAGACAAACUGAUUAUUUAUUGUGAAACCAACGAUACGAAAGGACGACUUUCAACAGAGAGGAAAUGUGUGUUUUAUAAAUCCUACAAUCCUGAAUGUGGCUCCUCUACAGUAAGACACCUUUAAGACGCGCACAGGCUCUUCUCUGUUUGUGUGGUUCAGUGUUACAUCUUUAACCCUCGUAAUGCAUUCAGCUCCGUUUCGACCCGGAAGAAGUUCAGAAAGCAGUCAGAAACAAUGCAUCGUUUUUAGUCCGGGAACCAAACUCUGCGAAGUUCAAGGCGUUUGGUGUCCGGGUUUGUAUGGAGCACCGUUAGGGUCAAACACCUCCUGUAAAAUAAUCACUGAGGUUCUGUUAGUGUCAAAAACAUUUGUAAAACGUUUGAAGCCUAUAUCUCAGAUACUUCACGACUGAGUUUUAUUGAUGAACAUGAACUACUGUAGCUUGAACAACGGAGCAUUUUUCAUUUCAAGUAAAAUUCAUAUUUUUUCUAUUCAAAAAAUUCUCAGAGCAAUGUUUAUGUUUUGAUAGAAAUAAACGUAUCAAUUUUUUCACACGUUUACGAGAUUAAAUUGAAUACAAUCCCGUUCAUUCCAAGGGGGUUAAUGCCGCUAAUUUCAGAGAUUGUAAUUUUCAGAAAUUUCAUGCAAUUAUAUUUUCAAUAAUAUGCAUUACAUAUUACAAUAAUAUUGAAAAAACACAAUUAUUUUUCGUCUGGUCCAUAUGCAAUAUGAAAUGACAAAGAAUGUCCCAGUUUUGUAAACGAACACUAAAGGGUUAAACGCAGUGAUAACAUGGGAACGUUGAAAGCAUGCAUUCAUGGGUUAAAAACACGUAUGCUUGACUCUUUAAAAUAGCGUUUCUUCGUCCAGAACAUGAAAGCUACAGGAGAUUCUGAAUGCGCUGCGAGGGUUAAGAGGGUUAAGCGCUCCUCUGGUUUCUGGAAGCAUCUUUUAGCAGAUGUCCGUGUGCCUUUGACACAGAAGGAACUUCAGUAACUCGCUCUUUAGCAGAAACCCAGAGGCCUUCGGGACACUUAUGUUUUCCAUCUGUCCUCAUCCUCAGGAGAGUUUCACGAGAACCGCCGUAUUGCACCUUAACAUCAUUAUUAUUAUUAUUAUUAAACGGGAAAACGAGGCUUUAUAAGAUUUGUAUGAGCUCUACAUCAGACUCUAAAUGUACAAAAUGGUGAAAGUAUUUUUGACGACGAACGAGACUGUAAAUGUUAAUGCCCUUUUGUUUUCUUUUGUAUUUUGUGUAGAUAGUGUUCGUUUUCUCUCCCCGGCAGCAGAACUAGUUGACAGCGUUUGAACAGAGCUUUGUUUGGUUUUACCUGCCUUUUAUUUCAGAACGAGGAACUCGUCUGUUUUUACCUGCUGACAGAAACAGCAGCGGUCUUCGGUUCGUUUCUCCAGCGCUUACAAUCUGAACUCAUUUAGCAGAAUUGAAGGCCUUGUACUGUAAGAUUUUUCACGUUGAUCUGCAUGCGUCUCACCCCGCAAUAAAACCCUUUCUGAAAUAA